AUGAACACGGGCUACGGAAUGCCCUCCAGGCGUCGUCUGCGGGGUCCUCUUCAUCCCCGCAAUCGUCCUCCGCCAUCGUCCUUCGAAGACACCCUCGCCGCUUCAACGUCAUCAGAAUUACCCGAUGCAUCGACCUCGCGGAUGCCGCCACCAUCGUCGACACCUUCAGGAAAGAAAAGGGAAUGGUCGGCAACGAUCGGUCGCGGCGGACUCGGAUCGCUGCCUUGGGAACAGGCGGGCCCCUCCUCGUCGGGCCCGUCUCAUAGUCAGCACGAGGUUCCACAGGCAGACUUCAGCUUUCAGUCUGGAAUGGGUUUCCCGACCAGCGCGUCUGCCGCCUCGAUGGCCUCACUGUCUUCCAUGCCCUCUUCCAGCAGUUCGGUCUCCUUUGCAAGCUUUCGUCAGCAACACACGCCCAUGUCGGCUAGUCCGACAAGCUUCCGCACCGCCGGAGAUGCAGAUGACUCGUCUUUUCACCCUUUCAGCAACGCGAUACUCUCGCGAGGUGGUCAGUCUGCCGAGUCUGCACUGCGGGAGACGUCUCAAGCGAUACACGACGCCAGCGUGCCGUCGGACGAUCCACCGCGCAAGCGCCGUCGAGGUCUGGCAGGAGCCAUUGUGGAUACCGCGCUCAACGCUGCACUCUACACAGGUGCUGCGGCCCUCACUGCGUACUCUCUCUGGUCUUCUUGGAGCCAGUCGGCCGAAGGAGAGCAUCAGAGCCAUCACCCAGACGCUGGGCCGGAAGCGGACAUGGGUCAUGUCAUAUCGCCGCAUGCACGAUCUGGGCACAGUCAUGCAGGCAGCAAGGAGGUCAAGAUGCCUCCUGGAGGAAUGGAAGAACCUCCUCCGCCGUACUAUGAAGACCAUUCGACGCCCUCAAAGUCAAAGCCGCACCAGCCGUCUACGCCCCAAUCCAGCUCCAAUCGCAUGCGUAAGGUCUUUGUCUCCUCGCAGCGCAAUCGUCGGAGACCGACUUUCCAGGGUUCAAAGGCGAACAGGCAAGGCACGCCUCGAAAGACCCUUUCGGACGCUUUCCCCGGGACAACAAGCUCUGCUGUGCACCCCAGCUCUAGCCGUGACCCUAUCUCAGCUCAAAUGACGCCCUCCUCCAGCGGGGGCGUCAGUGUCAACGCCAACAACGUGGCAACACAGGACGACGAGGACAAUGAGGAUGGCAAUGGUGAUGAGGACGAUGACGACGACGACGACGACGACGAGAUGCUCUCUCGCUUCGAAGCAAAGAUGAACGCGCUCAUCGCCGAAGGUCAAGCUGCACUCAACUCGACCCCGACUUUGCACGAAUCGGACUUGCGCGACAUCGACACCCCAUCGCCCAGUCUCGGGAUGGGCAUGAGCUCGUCGCGGUCUCAGCUGCUGUCGCCACGAGCUUCCCAGCGAUUCGAUGUCUCUUCCGGUCUAGGUUCGCCGUUCACACACCGUGAUAGCCACCCCGAGACAUUGCCCUCGCCUCUGGGUGUAUCCCGCUCCACCUCGCAUCCCGAUCAGCUGGCGUCCACCAACAGCGACAGCAUCUCCUUCCUCCCCGAGCCUGUCAAGCGCACCUUUGCCACGCCUACCGGCGGUCAGGGACUGCGUCACUCACGCUCGGUAUUCGAUUUCAACGCCGACGCGGCCGAGCGGGGGACAAGCAGUGCUUCACCGUACGUCUUUGGUCGCACCGACCCCGCAUCCGGCGCUGCAGCUGGAAGUCCGUCACUCAGAGCAGCCACGACCAGAAGAGUUACCGACUUUGGCGCAGCUGCACGUACAGGCACGCCGUCAAGCGGCAACAGUCCACACAGCAGCCGUAUACCGAGAUCCAUUUCGAGGAAGUCGACGAUUGACGCUCGACCGUCUGCUUUUUAG